CUUAAUUCUUAGGAGUUAGAACUAGUCAUAAUGUGUAUUUACAUUUUUGAAGAUCCCACGUGUUUACUUGAAUUAUAAAUGUCUAAGUUUUUGAUGUAUUUAAAACUAAAAAUUUUUGUAAUUUAAUCUAGGCAGUUUCUCCAAUAUAGCUAUGGGAAAAAAAAGAAAACACGCAAAUGCACAGGACGACUUUGAAUUUGAUCCAAUACCUAAACAUUUAGUAACAUCUCAUAUAAAAAAGCAGGAAAAACGGCUGAUAGUCAUUCUUGAAAAGGCUCAAUUGGAAACAGUUAAAAAUGGAAAUAGCUUUGAAUUGUUGAAUUGUGACGAUCAUGCCAAUAUUUUGAGGAAAAAUGACCGUGAUCCUGGCUCAUGUCGACCAGACAUAACACAUCAAUCAUUGCUUAUGUUAAUGGACUCACCUUUGAAUCGCGCUGGACUCUUACAAGUGUAUAUUCACACUGAACAAAAUGUCCUCAUAGAAAUAAACCCACAAACAAGAAUUCCUAGAACAUUUAAAAGAUUUGCAGGACUAAUGGUACAACUCCUACAUAAAUUUUCCAUCAGAGCAUCUGAUGGACCAAUGAAGCUGCUGAAAGUUAUAAAAAAUCCAGUCACAUCUCAUUUGCCUGUGGGUGUAAAGAAAAUCACCAUGUCUUUCAGUUCCAAAGUUGUUCAGAAUUGCAGAGAAUUAGUACCUAAAGAGGAACCCAUUGUCUUAGUAAUUGGGGCCAUGGCACAUGGAAAAAUUGAAGUAGAUUAUUCAGAAGACACAAUAUCUAUCAGCAACUAUCCUUUGUCAGCUGCAUUGACAUGUGCUAAACUUUGUUCAGCCUUUGAAGAAGUAUGGGGAGUUGUAUAAGGAUUUUCAUUGAUAUAAGUAAUUAAUCUAUUGCUGAGGUUAUCCUUUCUAAAAUAGAAGUACUUAUUUUAAUAAUAUAAUAGGAGACUUGAAUAAAGUAUAUAUAUUACA